AUGCAGCUCACGCGGGCGGCGCUGUGUCUCCCUGGCGUCGCCGUGGCACAGAUGGCUGGCAUGACCAAGGAGGAGCAGGGACCGCCCAUCGUGAUCGCGGAGUGCACCCUCAAGGGGGGCUGCGAGGCGCAGCAGAGGGCCCUGACCUUGGACGCCAACUGGCGCUGGGUGCACGGCCAGACCUGCCAGGGCACCGGCCCCGCCGCGCAGUGCUACACCUCGGGCAAUUGCUUCACCGACGGCGUGUGGGACGACACUAUGUGCCCCGAUCCGGAGUCCUGCGCCGAGAACUGCGCGCUGGAGGGCGUCACGCUGGACGACUACGACAGCACCUACGGUGUCGCGGCGAUCCCGGGCGGCGUCGAGCUGGGCUUCGUGCGCGGACCGAACGUGGGGUCCCGCCUGUACGUCCUGGAGAAGCCGGACAAGUAUAAGCUGUUCAAGCUCCUGAACAGGGAGUUCACUUUUGACGUGGACGUCUCCACCCUUCCUUGCGGACUGAACGGCGCGUUGUACUUCAGCGAAAUGGACGAGGAUGGGGGGAUGAAGCACGCGGGCAACAAGGCCGGCGCCAAGUACGGGACAGGCUACUGCGACGCCCAGUGCCCCCACGACGUGAAGUUCAUGGAGGGCAAGAGCAACACCCUCGAGUGGAACACGAGCGCAGCUCUCGGCAAGUACGGGCUGUGCUGUGCGGAGGUUGACAUAUGGGAGGCGAACUCCAUGGCCACGGCCUUCACGAUGCACCCGUGCACCAUCGACGGCACGUAUUUGUGCAAGGGGAAGGAGUGCGGCGACAACGCCAAGAACGAACGCUACGAUGGCGUCUGCGACAAGGAUGGCUGCGACUUCAACUCGUACCGCAAUGGCCUCCAGGACUUCUUCGGGCCGGGGGACGACUUCACGGUGGACACCACGCAGCCGAUGACGGUGGUGACCCAGUUCGUGACAGACGACGGCACCGACGACGGCGACCUCGUGGAGAUAAGGCGCCUCUACGUGCAGGGCGGCAAGGUCAUCAAGAACUCGAACGCUGGCAUCCUCGGUUCCGACGGCGGGGACUCCAUCACCGACGCGUACUGCUCCGCCCAGAAGGACAAGUUCGGCGACCCCGACGACUUCCACAAGAAGGGCGCACUGAAGCAGACGGGGGAGGCGCUGCGCCGCGGGAUGACGCUCGUCCUCUCCCUGUGGGACGACUACCAGUGCCAGAUGCUCUGGCUCGACUCCGACGCGGGCAAGGGGGGCCACUCCACGCCGGGCGUCGCGCGCGGCCCGUGCGACAAGACCACGGGCGUGCCGGCGGACGUGCGCGCCAAGUACCCGGACGCCUCGGUGGCCUAUUUCAACAUCAUGUACGGGGAGAUCGGAUCCACGUACACCGCGGGCGAGGGCGCGAAGCCAGACCAGUCCGUGGCGACGGGGUUCCCCAAGGCCGUGGUCGGAGGUGUCGCCGCGGUGAGCGACGGCGCCGUGGCCCAGCCGCAGCAGCAGGCGCUCCAGCAGCCUUCGCAGCCUUCGCAGCCGCAGCCUUCGCAGCCGCAGCAGCCUCUGCCACAGCAGGCCGUCCAGGCUGCGGCGGCCCCGGCGGCGGCGGGCGCGGGCGCCUCCGCUGGGGGCUGCGCGGACGUGUUCCAGCAGUGCGGCGGCGACGGCUGGGCUGGCGCGUCGUGCUGCCAGGCCGGCUGCACCUGCGCGCAGCAGGGGGGCCCCUCGUACAGCCAGUGCCUGCCGCCGGUCGGCGCUUACCUGUGCUCUGGCCCGGCGCAGCCGGCGGGCCUCGUGCAGAGGAGCUCGCUGCGCGAGGCGCACGCGCAGCGCGCUCGUGACGGUCCGGCGCUGUGGGUGGCUGCCGUGGCGCCCGCGGUGCUGCUGGCGGCCGCGGCAGCGGUGUGGGUGCGAGCGCGCAGGGCUGGCAGGGCCUGGUCUUCCGCGCAGCUGCGCACUGAGGAGGUGAACUUGAUGGCAUCCGCCGAACAUGUUCAGUUGGACACCUCCGGCCUCUGCGCGUGCCGUGCGGCCCUGGCGUUGCCAGGUGGCCCGAUGCUCCUCAUGAGCCCUCCCGCCCUCAAGGCACCGUUCGAGCCUCCGGCCCCGGCCCGGGCCUUGCUCUGCGCCCUUCUGCCAGCACGAGGCAUGGGCGCGAGGCCCCUGGCCGACGGUGCCCUGCUGGCGGUGGCCGCCGCCGCGCUGCUGUCCGCGAGGGGGCUGUCGGCCGCCUCCGCCGUUGGCGGAGGGCUGCCGCUGUGGGACUGCGACGAGUCCUGGAGCGGCUUCCGCGAGGCCAUCGCGGAGUGGGCGUGGCGCGGCCACCCGGAGGGCAUGCCCGUGGACCGCUGGCCUGAGGCCGGGGUUGCCCCCACGCUGAGCGGCUGGGCGUCGGACAUCGUACUGCGAGGCUGGCCCAUAAUGGAGGUCCUGCUGGACGAGUGGACACGGUUGGCCCACGGCGGGGAGGCGACCAGUGCGGUGCGGCCCUGGGUGGACCCGGAGGCGCCCGAGGAGAGCUCGCCGUGCUUGCUCGGGUUCGUCUCGGCGUUGGCCGCGUCCGAGGACCCGGCCGUGGUGCUCCGCGCCGUCCAGAUGUUGGGCGCUGGUGGGGCGCUGGACUUGCUGCCGUCCUCGGGCUGGAGGGUGCGGUCCGCCUGGAUGCGGCAGAGGGCCAGCCACCUGAUCUUGGCGCAGCUGGGCGCCCCCUCCCGCGCCCUCUUCCGCGCGCCCACGCCGCAGACCUCUCCACUCCGUGGCGGAAGCGGCAGGCCGAGGCUGGCGCGGCCCCGCCCGAGGGGCGGGAGUGGCAGGUGGCGGUGUUCGGGCACCACGUCUCCCUCACGCUGGAGCCCAUGGCCGCCCUGCAGGCCGCGUGGCCGGACGCCCGCUUCCGCUUCCAGGCGCGCGGGCUCCACUACGCCUGCCGCGUGGCGCCCCAGCUCUGCCGCCCCUCGCCUCUCGUGGACCUGGCGCGCCACUGGCUCACCACCGUGA